AUGGCAAACACGGGACUCCAGAUCCUGGGCCUGGUCCUGUCCCUGCUGGGCUGGGUGGGCGGGUCCAUGGUGUGCGCCGCCCCCCUGUGGCGGGUCUCGGCCUUCAUCGGGAACAUCCUGGUGACGGCGCAGAUCGCGUGGGAGGGGCUGUGGAUGAGCUGCAUCUUCCAGAGCACGGGUGAGAUCCAGUGCAAGGCGUACGACAGCCUGCUGGCGUUGCCUAGCGACCUGCAGGCCGCGCGGGUGCUCUGCUUGCUGUCCCUGCUCCUCUGCGGCCUGGCGCUCGCCCUGGGCGUGCUGGGCGCCAAGUGCACCAAGUGCCUGGGGCGGCAGCGCGUCAAGGCGCGGCUCGGCCAGGUGGCGGGCUCCCUCUUCGUCCUGGCGGGGUUCCUCUUCCUCGUCCCCGUCUGCUGGACCGCCCACUCCAUCGUCCGCGACUUCUACGACCCCCGCGUGGCCGACCCGCACAAGCGCGAGCUAGGCCCCGCCCUCUUCCUGGGCUGGGGGGUGUCGGCGCUCCUGCUGAUUGGUGGGGCCCUGCUCAGCCUGGGCUCCAGCCCCGCCGGGAUCCCCUCCUCGCCCAACGUGCAGAGUGUACCCAACAGGUCACCCGGGGGGGGCACCCAGGUGAAGGGGUACGUGUGA